AAAGGCCCAGCAGAACUUGAUAAAAUCAUAUAUUUUGCUGUCACGUGAUAUCUAGAUUUUAUCAGUUGCAAAAAAUAUAAUAUCUACAUUUUAUUGAGUGCCACAGAGAAAAAAAACGAUGGGCGAUCAAAAUCGACCACGUGGCAAAAAUAUCCCAUUUGUUUGAACCUGCCCAUUGGAAUUUAAUUAUACACCCAAUUUGAAGUUCGGUGACUUGUAAAUUAUAAUAUAUAUAUAUAUAUAUAUAUAAAGAGUAAAGACAACCGCAUUUGGAAACUACCACUUCUCCAUCUCUCUCUUUUCUACUCUUAGUGAUGACUCGUUCUUCAAGAUUCCUGAGCAGCUGGAACUCAUCGGCAGCGGAACCCCCGGAGGCAGUGGAGGUCGAGUCCGAUUUCGUCGUGAUCCUUGCGGCGCUGCUAUGCGCUCUGAUAUGCGUGGUGGGUCUCAUCGCCGUAGCUCGCUGCGCUUGGCUUCGGCGGGGCUCAGCGGGAGGGGCGCGCGCGUCGGCCACGCAACCGGCGGCGAACAAGGGGCUGAAGAAGAAGAUCCUUCAGUCGCUUCCGAAGCUGACCCACGACGCCACAGUGAGCGGCAAGUUCGCGGAGUGCGCCAUAUGCUUGGCGGAGUUCGUGGAGGGUGACGAGAUCCGAGUUCUGCCGCAGUGCGGGCAUGGGUUCCAUGUGUUGUGCGUGGACACAUGGCUGAGCUCCCACUCCUCCUGCCCGUCGUGCCGGCAGAUACUGGUCGUCACCAGGUGCCGGCAGUGCGGCAAGUUCCCCGCAAUUUCCGGCACGGCAACGUCGGACGCGGAACUCAAGGCAAGGGAACAGGGUACUGCUGAUAAUGGGUUUCUACCAUAACCCCAUCACGAUGUAUUUUCCAUUUCUCCUCUAGACCCUCACCAUGUACAGAAGAACUGCCCCAUUUUCUCUGUGCUUCUUGUAUUUUCCUCAUCUUUUUAGGGUUUUGUUGUGGUAAGAAAACCGACUUUAAUGUCGCGACCUCUGCAAAAUUCUUAAGCCCCAUAGCUGAGUUGUAAAAUUCUAAUGGUGGGUGGGUUGUACUGUUUCGUUAACACAUGAAGCUGCAGCAGGUGGCGCAUGAGUGGAGUAAUAAUUCAACUCUGCGGCAUGUGCAAUCAUCCAGAUCCAGUACUUAUUUUUCUCUA